AACGAAUAAAACGUAUUGUGAAUGUAACUGUGUUUACUUGUUACCAGUUGUGCUCAGUGUUGAGCGAAACACUGGCGGAGUCAGUAUACCACUACAGCUGCAUGAUGGUAAGGAUUCUGAUGCAGCUCAUGAGGAACGUUUGCUGUAGUUGGAUCCCCUUGGUGUCCUGUAAGUGACACGUGAACCCGAGCACUGUCACUCCCUGUGUGUGUCAAUCUAACACAGAGAUGUUAUAAAGCACAACAUGGAGACGGACAAGCAAUCAAAAAGCCGAGGAGAUGAAGCCGCUUCAGUGAAAGGACUAACACAGACCUGGCAGAAAUGGUCUGAAGAUCAUAAGGAUUAUCAGAAACACAAUCCAUUUACUAGUGUUGAGGUGAUGGCCUUUCGCCCCGUGUGGAGUCAGGCGGACUAUGGUCGACCGCGGGAGGGUUCUCACACUGAGCGCAGAGGGACGGAAGCUCAAUCUCACAUCGGCAAGGAGGUGUCAGAGCUGUGCCAGAUCAUAAGAGAACUUGGGCACAGGCGAGAAGAUGGGAGACGGGAAAUUGAGUUUGGCAAGCUGUUUGAACAUUAUGUCUCCAUUUCAAACAAGUUGGUUGGACUGCUGCUCCGGGCACGGAAACAAGGGCAAGUCCAUUUCGAAGGGGAGAUGCUGUGGCAAGGGAAAGAUGAUCGAGUGCUAAUCACACUUUUUCCAUAAGCAAUUGUUAAAAUACAAAUGAAUGAUAAUGAUUAAUCAUGUAGUAAGACUUUAGUUCAUUGCAUGACACACAAUUGAGUAUCAUCCAGUAUCCUCUGCUUUUCUCUGAUUGAGUUCACAGUUGCAGCAAUGCUCAGAUUCUGGUAUCCUUGAGUGAACUUAACUCAGUGACAUGUUUUAAAUGAGCAGUAUGUCAUUUUUAGAGCCUUCUGCUGUUUGCUUAGAAAAUUGAAACUGCAAUGAAAAAUAUUUCUAUGGCACCCCGUGGCCUCAAACCCCUUUGCUAAAACUGUUAAUGCAUCUUUGGAAAAAACAGGUCAGCUGCACUUUAGUUGGAGUUAAAGCAUGUUUUAAGGUCAGUUUUAUUAUUAGUUUUAUAAUAUUUACAUGGAUUAAAAAUGAGAAAAUACAAAUUUGUCCAUUAGUAUAACAGCAGAGGAGGGGCAUGGGGUAUAUCGGUAGGAGAAUGGUGAGGAUGGAGCCACCAGGAAGGUGGAAAAGAGGAAGACCAAGGAGGAG